AUGGCGGCGACUUUCCCGCGGGCCAUGCAGGAGGAGGCUUUCAUGAAGGCCGUGAGCCAAGAGCUCAGCAAGCUGGGCUUCAAAAGAGACAACUGCAUUGCGCUGGUGUCGACAUGCCGGGACGAGGUGUGCCGGCCGGUGGUGAGCCUGGUGGACCAGGAAUUUGGGCUGUCAUUCAACAUCGCAGGGCUGGGCGGCGUGCUCAACUGCGGCUCCACGGGCUUUAAGGCUGCAAUGUCGCACUCGCCAGAGUUUCGCUGCGAGACCGAUGGGACUGUGAAGGAGAGAUACAUCUUCUUUGCCUUCCCUCACGUGUCCAUCGGAGAAUCGGGAGAGGUGGGAUCGCUGCUGCGGCGCGGCCGAGGCAAGCCCUCCAGUGCAUGUGGUGCGCUGAUUGCCAUUCAGAACGACAUCAACGCGGGCAAGGCAACGGUGUCGGACCCUUAUGACGAGGAGUACGUGCUUCUUAAGAAGAAAGUCAAGUCACUGAUUCUACGGCGGGGAGGUUCGGAGUAUUCAUUGGUGGAGGUGACUCGUGCUGCACUGGCAGCCAUCAAUGAUGACCUGGAAAAACUCAUCUCCCUCACUGUCGACCCAGCCACUGCUGACUACGCUGUGAUCACAGGCGUGCAGAUUCACUCGGGCAACCAGAUUCCCGGAGAGCCAUUCCGCAUUGAGCGGACUUGUGAUUAUAUUGCUCCUGACAUGAUAUCAACCAGGCGCAGCUCUUUAAGGGCUCUCAGUUCGUUGUCUGGUGCUACUCCAUUUGACGAUGCUCUCGAAUCAGAAGACGAGUCCAUUGAGCAGUAUGAAGCACGGCUGGAAGCUAGAAGACAGCAGCUGCAAGCAAGUGGAGCGGCCGUUACGAGCAAUCCCGUUUCAUCGACAGGUAGCAUGGCGGAAGCGUUUGAAAUAACGCCUCAGACGGCCAUGGGGAUCACGGGUAUAAUCAGCAUUAUCGCUGUAGUAGCUCCUUUCUUCAUGAGCGCGUGGAAUCCCGCAGCUUCGCCUCACAUGAAAGGCCUCACCUACCUGACGCUGCUCCUGGGGUUCUACAUGGCGUGGAACAUUGGUGCGAAUGACGUGGCAAACGCAAUGGGGACGUCAGUGGGUUCGGGAGCGCUGACGCUACGCCAAGCGGUGCUAGCAGCGGCGAUCUUGGAGUUCGGCGGGGCUUUCCUGGUGGGAUCGCACGUGAGCCACACGAUGCAGAACGGAAUCAUAAAGGCAAAUGUGUUUGCCGGGAAAAACGCGAUGCUGUUCACAGGGAUGAUCUCCUCUCUGGCAGCCGCAGGAACGUGGCUUCAGGUUGCUUCGUACUUCGGCUGGCCGGUAUCGACGACGCACUGCAUCAUCGGGGCAAUGGUUGGGUUCGGCAUCAUCUUCGGCGGCUGGAAUGCCGUCUACUGGUCGUCGCUGGCUCGCGUGGUGUCGUCGUGGGUCGUCUCGCCUGUUCUCGGUGCUAGCAUCGCCUUCAUCGUUUACAAGUGUAUCCGAAAGUUCGUCUACAGCUCGUCCAAUCCGGGGCAGGCAGCGUCGACAGCGGCGCCGAUCCUCGUCUUCGCGGGUGUCUCCGCCUUCUCCUUCUUCUCGCUCUUCACCUCCCCGGGGGUCCUCCUCCGCGCCUGCGCGCUCUCCCUGGCCGCGGGUGCUGCUUCCGCGGUGGCCAUGUCCGCCGUGGUGAAGCGGCAGAUGGGCGAGCUGCUGGGGGAGUUCUGUGAGAUCCCCAAGCAGUUGGAGGAGCCGAAGCCGGAGAAGGGCCGCGGACCCAUGGGCACGCAGCUGCGCAUUGUUUAUGGCGUGUUUGGUUACCUGCAGGUGCUCUCUGCAUGCUUCAUGUCAUUUGCUCACGGUGCAAACGAUGUGGCCAACGCCAUCGGCCCCAUCUCAGCUGCUCUAGCCAUCCUCGCCUCCUCCUCCGCAUCCAUCCCCUCCUCAUCCCUCGCUGCCGCUCCAGUGUCUGCCGGCGUUGCCACUCAGGUUCUUAUUUGGGGCGGUUUUGGCAUUGUGGCUGGUCUUAUCAUCUGGGGUUACCGUGUCAUUGCAACAAUUGGGAACAGGAUCACAGAGCUCACUCCCACCAGAGGAUUCGCAGCAGAGUUCUCAGCGGCUACAGUGGUGGUGGUUGCAUCCAGACUGGGUCUCCCAAUCUCUGCCACGCACACACUUGUUGGAGCAGUGAUGGGAGUGGGCCUUGCCCGCGGUAUUGGGAGUGUACGGGCCGAUGUGGUGAAGGAGAUUGUGGCAUCGUGGCUUGUCACCAUUCCUAUCGGAGCAGCGCUGUCUGUGAUGUACGCCUUCCUGUUCUUGAGAAUUGUUCCUGGAUUUAUGUCACAUCGGCCCUGCCAGGGGGAGCUGAUGGCGCUGCGUGUUGUGAGUCGACUCAAAACAUUUCUCCCCGUCUUUCUCUUCCACACGCAGGUCACGUCGGCCCUGCCAGGGGGAGGCGAUGGCGCUGCGUGUUUUGAGUCAAUUCAAAACAUUUCUUACCCUGUCUGUCCCUUCCACGCGCAGGUCACAUCCGCCCUGCCAGGGGGGGCUGAUGGCGCUGCAGGGGGAGGCACGAUGGAGACUGACGAGGCGGUAGCUGAAUUCAAGCGCCAAGGGGGCUCUGAGGUUAAGGGCUGUGCGGGUAGGGGCUCUGAGGUGAAGGGCUGUAAGACUCCCUUGACCUCCCUCCGUCUUACCCCCCUCUUUGCUUCCCCCUCCCGCUCUUUCCCCCCUUUCGUCUCCCUCCCCCGUUCCUCCUCCCGUUUGUCCCCCAGCAUGCUAGCUCCGCCAGCGUUCGGGUCCUCCCCGAAUCUGGACUCCCCAGUGCUGGCGGGAGGCGCCAUGUGCGCGGGCGGGGCAGGGGGAGGGGGGAUACCGGAGGGUGCAGCUGCGAACGCGGAUGGACAUUCAGACGGAAAGGGGUCCUUCAGCAACUGUCUGUCCGCGGUGCUGGCAGUCGUGGGGCUGAACGACCAGCUCUCAGCAGUGCUGGCAGACGUGGGGUUGAACAUCCGUGAGGCGCAUGUCUUCUCCACCUCUGAUGGGCUCUCCCUCGACGUCUUUGUUGUUGACGGCUGGCCCUCUGAGGAUGUGGUGGAGAUGCGGGCGGCACUCAUGCGAGCAGCACAGCAAGCGGGCGAAAAUGGUGCGCAGUCAACCCUUCCAGAAGCAUCCGGCCAAUCAAAUCCCGCCAUGUCAGAAUCCGCAGGCGUGCCCAUGUCCACGUCAGCAGCCACAACAGCGGCAGCAGGACACGUGGCAGCCUCCAGUUUGUCUGGAGCGGAUUCCCGCGUGCGCAUCCCAUCGGACGGGCGGGAUGACUGGGAGAUUGACAACGACCAGCUGAAGCUGCAGCAUAAGAUCGCCUCAGGGUCGUUUGGAGACCUCUACCGCGGCACGUACUGUGGGCAGGACGUGGCAAUCAAGAUUCUCAAGGCGGAGCGGCUGAACGACUCAUUGCAGCAGGAGUUCGCUCAGGAGGUCUUCAUCAUGCGGAAGGUGCGGCAUAAGAAUGUCGUUCAAUUUAUUGGGGCGUGCACCAAGCCCCCGAAUCUCUCCAUUGUCACCGAGUUCAUGGUGGGCGGCAGUGUGUACGACUAUCUACACAAGCACCGCGGCGGCAUGAAGCUACCCAUGGUACUGCGCGUGGGCAUGGGAGACACUCACUCUCUGCUCAUCUCUCCACCCCCUUGUUCCCUCGCCCCCUUGUUCCUUUCUUCCCUUGCACCCUUCCACCCUGGCCUCCUGGCCUCCUGGCCUCCUGGCCGCCUCAACCCGCCUGCCCCCCAUGCAGAGUUCAUGGUGGGCGGCAGUGUGUACGACUAUCUACACAAGCACCGCGGCAGCAUGAAGCUGCCCAUGGUGCUGCGUGUGGGCAUGGACGUGGCCAAGGGAAUGGACUUUCUGCACAAGAACAACAUCAUUCACCGCGACCUCAAGGCGGCAAACCUUCUCAUGGAUGAGAACGAUGUGGUGAAGGUGGCGGACUUUGGAGUGGCGCGAGUGAAGGCCAACAGUGGCGUCAUGACAGCAGAGACUGGCACCUACCGCUGGAUGGCACCUGAGGUGAUUGAACAUCGGGCAUAUGACCACAAGGCAGACAUCUUCAGCUUCGGCAUCACCAUGUGGGAGAUGCUGACGGGCAAGCUGCCCUAUCCAGACCUCACACCCUUGCAGGCAGCAGUCAGCGUGGUUCAACGAGGCCUGCGUCCGCCCAUCCCCAAGGGCACGCACCCGCGGCGGGCGGAUCUCUUUGAGCGCUGCUGGGCCACCAACCCUGCUGACCGCCCCGAGUUUCCUCUCCUCCCUGACUCACUCCCUCUCUGCCUCUGCCCUCCUCCCCCGUUCCCCAUUCUCCCCUCCCAGGGCCUGCGUCCGCCCAUCCCCAAGGGCACGCACCCGCGGCUGGCAGAUCUCUUUGAGCGCUGCUGGGCCACCAACCCUGCCGACCGACCUGAAUUCUCAGAGAUAAUCCGAGUCAUUGCCGAAAUUGCACAGGAGAAACGGGUACCUGGCAUCAAGUCCGUCAUUUCGUCUGCUAGUGGAGCUCGAGCUGACGUGUUGGUGGGCCACGGUGACGUCAUAGCCUUUGGCAGAUUUGGCCUCCAGGUCCGGUCGACACCAGGCCACACGAAUGGGUGUGUGACAUAUGUCCUGGUGGAGCGUACCGAGACAGCCGCGCCGUUUGCAGCAGCACUAGAGAACUCUCUUGAAGGGAACGUGUGGAGGGCAAGUGAUGGAGGUUUGGAGCGCCUGGGAAGUGCUGGGUUCUCCUUUGACAAGCUCUUAACGAGGAUGGCGUUCACCGGAGAUGCGUUGCUUAUAAGAGGAUGUGGAAGGACAGACUUUCAGGAAGGAGAUGCUGCUGAGCUGUACCGUUCAGUCCACUGUCAGAUAUUGUCACUUCCACCAGACACGCUCCUGUACCCUGCACAUGACUACCAAGGCCGAACUGUAACAUCAGUGGAAGAGGAGCGAAAGCACAACCCGAGGCUGACAAAGGGCGAGGAGGCGUUCAAGGCUAUCAUGGAUGGCCUAGGGCUGGCACCACCAAAGAAGCUCAAGGAGGCACUUCCAGCUAACAUGGCUGAUGGGGUUGUGGAAGAACAGAAAACCACAAUUCUGGCUGCUUAA